AUGUCUUCCCCUCAGCAGCUCCGGACAACCACCACCGAUCUCCUCAAGAUCAAGCAUCCGGUGCUUCUGGCUGGUAUGAACGUUGCAGCCGGCCCCAAGCUGGCUGCCGCCGUCACCAACGCGGGAGGCCUUGGUGUCAUUGGUGGUGUCGGGUACACCCCGGACAUGCUCCGAGAACAAGUCGCAGAGCUAAAGAGCUACCUGAAUGACAAGAACGCACCCUUCGGUGUUGACCUCCUCCUUCCGCAGGUAGGAGGAAGCGCAAGAAAGACAAACUACGACUAUACCAAGGGCAAACUCAAUGAGCUGAUUGAUAUCAUCAUUGACUCCGGUGCAAAGCUCUUUGUCUCCGCUGUCGGUGUUCCUCCCAGAGAUAUCGUUGACAAACUUCACAAGAAUGGCAUCCUAUACAUGGCAAGUCAUAAUAUGAUCGGUCACGUCAAGCAUGUGAAGAAAUGCCUCGAGCUAGGCGUCGACUUGAUCUGCGCCCAGGGUGGCGAAGGUGGCGGCCACACUGGUGACAUCCCCACUUCGAUUCUCAUCCCCAGCGUCGCCAAACUCUGCGCCGAAGCUCCUCCUUCGAAGUUCACUGGCAAGCCCGUCCAGUGCAUCGCUGCAGGUGGUAUGUUCAAUGGCCAAUCACUGGCUUCUGCUCUCAUGCUGGGUGCCUCUGCCGUCUGGGUUGGUACACGUUUCGUGCUGUCUGAGGAGGCUGGUGCUCCCAAAGCACACCAGGAAGCGGUGCGCACUGCUGGCUUUGACGAUAACGUCAGGACGAUUAUCUUCACUGGACGACCAUUGCGGGUCAGAAAUAACGAGUACAUCAAGAAUUGGGAGGAGAAUAGGCAAGCAGAAAUUAAGCAGCUGACAGAUAAGGGCGUCAUUCCUGUCGAGCACGACUUCGAGACGAAGGGCGAUGACCUGACGGAUGAGGAGAUGGAGAACGCCCGUCCCUUCCUGAUGGGCAAGGCGGCCGCCGUGGUCAACGAGAAGAAGACCGCCCGCGAGAUCGUGGAUGAGUUCGUGAAUGACGCGGUCAAGGCUCUAACAAUCGGUAAUUCAUUGAUUGUGUCGAAGAGCAAGCUAUAG